UUUGACAAGAACGGCACCAUUUCAUCGGUACGGUCUGUUUAUUACUGGAUGUGACUUAAACAACCGAUCGGAGCUCGUUUUCGGCCGGUUGCACGCACGGCUGAACUCGUCGGUAAAGCUGGAAGCGCAGAUAUGCACGCAGCAGGACGGAUUUUACGUCGCCCACAUGAGAUGUGAUGAAAUGAUGAUGAAGAUGAUGAUGGCCCAAGGGGAGAAAGAGUCGAAACACACCAGCCAAGUUGUACUGGUCAAGAGGAUCAUAAUGAAGCAUGACACUCCGGUCCAGCAGGGCAUCGGGAAGCCGAGCGUCUAUCAUGCUGUCGUGGUCAUCUUCCUGGAGUUUUUCGCCUGGGGUCUCCUGACCACACCGAUGCUCACUGUUUUGCAUGAAACGUUCCCCAGACACACGUUCUUAAUAAACGGCCUGAUUCAGGGAGUGAAGGGUCUGCUGUCGUUUAUGAGUGCGCCGUUAAUUGGCGCUCUGUCAGACGUGUGGGGCAGACGAUCGUUUCUAUUGGUUACUGUGUUCUUCACGUGUGCGCCCAUCCCACUCAUGAGACUCAGUCCAUGGUGGUACUUCGCCAUGAUAUCAGUGUCUGGCGCUUUCUCCGUCACUUUCUCCGUCGUCUUUGCGUACAUCGCUGACGUCACGGAUGUGCGUGAGAGGAGUACGGCGUACGGACUCGUUUCGGCGACAUUCGCAGCGAGUCUGGUCACCAGUCCGGCCAUCGGUGCGUACCUGUCGGCCAGCUACGGAGAUAAUUUGGUGGUGUUGCUGGCGACGGUCAUCGCUCUGGCCGACAUCUGCUUCAUCCUUCUGGCCGUCCCAGAGUCGCUGAUGAGGCUGAACACAUGGGGAGCGCCCAUCUCCUGGGAGCAGGCCGACCCCUUCACCUCUCUGCGUAAAGUUGGGCAGGACACGACCGUUCUGCUCAUCUGUAUCACAGUGUUUCUGUCCUAUCUGCCCGAGGCCGGUCAGUACUCCAGCUUUUUCCUCUACCUGCGACAGGUCAUUAACUUCUCGCCCAAAACGAUCGCGGUGUUCAUCGGUGUGGUGGGAAUCCUCUCCAUCCUGGCGCAGACGCUUUUUCUGACUUUAUCGAUGAGGACCAUCGGGAACAAGAACACGGUUCUUCUGGGUCUGGGUUUCCAGAUUCUCCAGCUGGCCUGGUACGGUUUGGGGUCUGAGCCGUGGAUGAUGUGGGCGGCCGGCGCGGUGGCAGCCAUGUCCAGCAUAACCUUCCCUGCAGUGAGCGCUUUAGUGUCACGCAGCGCGGAUCCAGAUAAACAGGGUCUGGUUCAGGGCAUGAUAACAGGGAUCCGGGGGCUCUGUAAUGGUCUGGGUCCAGCACUGUACGGCUUCGUUUUCUUUCUCUUUAAUGUGGAGUUGAGUGGGAUCACCACCAUCCAGCCUGACUAUUCCAUCCCACUACAGACCUCCACAGAGAAGAGCUUAAUCCCCGGUCCUCCGUUCCUCCUGGGCGCCUGUACGGUGGUGGUGGCGUUCGUAGUGGCUCUUUUCAUCCCUGAUCACCCAACGCCUCCAGCGACGCCCUGCCAAACCAGUAAGAGCAGCACGAGUCUGGCCGGCGCUCACACCAACACACCACUGCCCGGGAGCGACGAGGACUUCGAACCGCUGCUCGAGGACAGCAACGUCUGACUCUAAAACUAAAUCACAUUGGGAAAGAAUACAAAGGGUGUCAACACAUCGCAAACCCCUGACAUUUGAGAGCGUGCAGUAUUUGUUUAGUGUGUUUUUUUGUUGUUGAUCAUGCCGAAAUGGUUAUUGGUUUUAAACUCAGAGGCUUUUUUAUGAAGCGUUUUUACAGCGUUUGACAUUCUGUGUUUAAAUGAAUCAACACACUAAG